GCCACGAGCAGGGACGAGCGACACUCUUCCUCCUGACCCGCACCUCUCCCCUCGUGACGCCUCUCGCAAGUCUUCUUAUUCGGGAAUAAAUACGCCGCUGAUUGUAUUUUAAAAGAUCUCAGCAUUGCGAAUUAAGUUUGAAAGUUAUCUGCUGUUUUAGGUUGAAAAUACUACAGUGUUCCCUCGAUGUUUUAGAUCAUAAUUGAGCGACACAGCAAAAGUGAAGUGGUCUUAAUACCCCAAGAAUGGAUAACUCUAGAUCCGUCUUAGUUAUCAAGUGGUUGUCAGUGGUAGAGAAGUGAGUGGAACUUGAAGGAGGCGCGGGGGUAACACUGGAGCAUCGUGACCUGAGUGCCACAGUGCUCAUGACGAUGGCCGAGGACCAUCAGCCUGGCAGCUGGAGCCUGGCACUCUCCCCGGGGCAGUGGAGCGCCGACCCCAACACUGGCAUAGUCCAGCUGACGGAGGCCGCCCUGGCCAGGCUUAUCAACACCGACCCCAUCGACAAGUGGUACCAACUGGACCCCGAGCCCAUAGCCAGGGGACAGUUCGCCGUGGUGUACCACUGUCGACACAGGAUCACGGGGGAGGAGUUCGCUGCCAAGUUUUCGUCCAGAUGGCGUCUGGGCGCUGACUGUACCGCUGACAUCCUGCACGAGGUGGCGGUCAGCGCCAUCUUGAGGCCAUCACAGCGAACCAUACAGCUGCAAGACGUCUUUAGUACACAAACUGAACUUGUACUGGUCAUGGAGUACGCCGCAGGAGGGGACCUUCAGACUCUCCUGGACGAAGACAUGGUACCAUAUGAACGAGACGUCAUCAGCUUCACGCGACAGCUCCUCGAGGGACUCGUGUUCAUCCACGACCGCAACAUCGUUCAUCUGGACAUUAAGCCACAAAACCUGGUGCUGAUGGGGGAGUUCCCUGACUGCGCCGUCAAGCUCUGUGACUUCGAGAUCUCGCGAGUGUUGACGCCGGGACGAGAAGUGAGGGAGAUCCUGGGCACACCUGACUAUGUUGCUCCAGAGAUCAUCCUGUACGAGCCUAUCACGACCAAGACGGACAUGUGGUCCCUGGGGGUGCUGACCUACGUGCUCCUGACGGGGUUCCUGCCGUUCGGGGGCGACACCGACCAGGAGACAUUUCUGGAAAUCUCGCUGGGGGAGCUCGACUUCCCUGAAGAACUGUUCGAGGACAUUUCUGCUGAUGCCAUCGACUUCAUCAAGAAACUCUUAGUGCGCCAACCUCAGUCGAGGAUGAGUGGCCGGGAGUGUCUGGAACACCCGUGGAUGAAGGCCGACCUCAGCAAGGCCAAGAUCCCGCCCCAGCCACUCACAGCAUCGCCUCCUCCUGCAGCUACGCCAGUCAUCACUCCUUCCCCUACCAAGCCUACCACUCAGCCCUGUGCUCACCAUGUGCACACCUCCACCAGCAUUCACUCUCCCUCACUUAUGUCAGCAUUGUCGGAGAUAAUUACGUCGUCUGGUGAUGUAGAUCUGUAUACCAAAUCUCUCAGCAACACUCCUGGGGUGUUGACUCCUAGCAACACGCCUCCUGCCUUCCUCACACCGAGCAACAAUACGCCCACUGUUCUUUCCCCUAUGAGUUCCUCUCCGAGAGAUAUUGGCCUUCCUCCCAUUCAUCCUCUCACAGGACCGAAAUCCUCAGCAGUCAACUCUGCUUAUUCGUCUACCAGCUCACUCUACCGAGGAGGAUCACGACAGAGUCUUGACCGUGCCAGAAGUCUCUCUAAGUCUCGUGAGGUGUUGUCCGAGAGGAUGCAGAUGUCUAAUCAGAAAAAAUCUCUUUCGAAAUCCCGCGAACGGCUUCACGAGGGACAACUUCGACUCUCAAGGUCGCGGGAAGAUUUAUGGGCUCUUAAGUCCUUCUCACAUUCCGAGGAAGCCCUGUCGGCAUUUAGUUGGAUGAAUGAAGAUGAUUCAAUUUACAAGAGUUGCAAUAAUGUUUUCCUUCCAAUGCUGCCCAUGCUUGAUGAAAACAGAGUAUCAGGACGUUUGUACAAAAGUUUGGCAUCUAUCGAUAAAAUCGAUGAAGUUGGGACGGAGUCAAAUCAGGGCAGCGAAAGACAAAGCAUUUUUGACUCGAGAUUCUCCAUAAAUGACGAGAAAUACAAUCAUCUAAUAACUAAAUACAACACAGCAGUUAACAGCCACAUAAAAUCGCCGCCACGAGGUCAUACUAGUGAAGGUCGUCAGAGCAACACUGUCUCAGAAGAGCGGCUGAAAGGAAACUGCCAGGGUGGACGAAAUGCUAAUGUCUCCACCAAGCAGUGCUCUCGGCACAACCAGUCAGAAUCACAGCCGACUCAGAAGGUUACGAAAGUUAGUCGAGCAGAAAGGAUGAAGCGAGAGGCACACAAAAAACGUAAAGGCAAAAGGGACAAAGAAAAACAAAUGCCAGACUCACCAAGGCUGAAACAACAGGCUAAUGAGUUGGAGGUGUCCAGGCAUCCUGACAAGCUGUCAACUACCAGCCGAGCCUCAUCACCAAGCAAGAGACGGGGCUCUGUCUCCCACACUGAGCAGAGAAUCCAGGAGAGACACGAGAGACAACAAGAAAAACUAGAAAGACAAGGACGGGAAGAGAAACUUGAAAGGCGUGGCUCCGGGAAAUGUGCUGCUAUAAAUUCUCGAAGGCGUGAUUCCGGAGAAGAUAAAACACAUAAGGAAAAGAACAAAAAUAACAGAAACAGAAGUAGUGAUGACAACAUUAACAGCCCGAGGAGUACAUCCCCAUCCAAGCAGGCAAAGCUAAGCAAGACGAGGUCCGCCAGCAGCGAUGCAUCUUCUGCAUCUUCAGCCUCGUCUCUCGAGAGCGUCAAAGAGAGUGCAGAUUGUAACAGAGCAUCUCAUAGAGGUCACGAAACAUCUGAUUCCAAGAAAUCUCCAAGGCAGUUAUCAGGAGCAUCUAACGAUGUUAUCGAGCACAGAGAGAAACGGACCGAGAUGGACGAAGCCUAUGUUUCAUUAGAAGAGCCCGUGGACGAUGGCAUCUUCAGCAGAAGUGAAAGUAUGGAUAGCACCAAUACUGUGGAGUCUGAUCAUACUGUCCGUGCCACAGACACUUCAUCAGAUACACUUGAAUCUACUUUCGCUUCUUGUACAGUUUCCGAAAAUGAGUCCGACCUAAUAGUGGAAAAACCAAUAAAAAUUCAGUUGUCAGAGAAACACGAAUUGGAAAUAGCGAGAAAGGAGUCAAAGACUUCUGAGAGUACCACUCAUGACAAGGAACCAUUGUCAUCAGAAAGUAUCCAAGAACUGAUGGCCAUUAACGAAGAGGAAGAGGAUGAGAGGAGUGUGUUUGGCAGAUCAGUGUCGACCAGUAGCGACAUAGGCAGCAUGAUGAGCGAGACCAGUGAACCAGACAAAGAGGACUGCAUCCCUCCUCCUAAGCCUCAAGAGAGCGACCACCUGGCUGCCUUCAACUGGACGCUCAGAGGCAGGUCUAUGAGCAUGCAGCCCAGCGACCCGCCGCCCUUUUCGCACCUUAAUCUUUGCCGUUCUAACUCUUUCAACUUGGGCAUGCCCUUGGGAAGCUUUGUGGCAUCGCCUUGGGGUGAUGUGUGCGAUGGAGCCAUCAGCAGGGCCAUGGAGAUGUUCAAGCUAAAGUCAACUGACUUGACGACGGCAAGUAGAAGUGUCCAAGAGAGACGGCCCUCCCUGCAUAGUCAAUAGUGGACACCAGCACCCAGCAGCCAGAUUCACGAAGCAGUUACGCAAGCACUUACGAACCUGUUCAUCUUUUCUCAAUCUUUGGCGGCUUUGUUUACAAUUAUUAAACAGUUAAUG